AUGCCCAAAAGUGCAUUUGAGAAUACGCGAGUGAAGAAAAUCGCGAAAGUCGAGGAGAAAACCGGCGUCGAGCAACUAUUUACGACUGAACAAGAAAAUCGGGGGAAGAAAAUCGCUGGGGAGAGCAAAUUCAGAAAAGUUGACUCUCAAGAUAACUCGACCGAUUUACGAGAAGGAAAUCGCGAGAAGAGUGUGAAUUUGAAUGCGACUCUCAAAGAUAAAAUUGAAAGGGAGAUUUAUCGUGAAGACGAGAAGAGAAAAGAAAAACAAGGUGAAUUCAUAGUUUCUUCAACUUACAACAAGCUCAUCCAAGCAGACAGUAGCGAAGAGCAGUUGAUUGCAAGGAAAGUAAGAAGGAGGAGCUGGGCUUUGAAGAUUAAGGGUAAACUGAAGCACUUCAUCUGGAAAUGCUAUUCGAAUCUAAUUCCAACAUCUAGAAACCAAUGGGUGUUUCAAAAUAUCUUAAGGACAGUAAAGGAUGUGGUGGAUAUUUCUCUAAAAGAGUGGUUGGAAUUUGGUGACUACUGUGUUAGAUGGGGUGGUUGUUCUAGUAUUUUGGAGGUUGUUGUGCUAAGUUUGUCAGGUUUUGUGCUAUUUUGUGUCUUGGUGGGAGCUGUUAAGGAGUUUGGGAGUGAGCUGAGGCUGAUGGGGUUGAACACUGAGGGCUGCUAG